AUGGACUUCCCUCCUGCUGGACGUGGUGGCUGCUUCAACUGCGGCGAGGCCUCUCACCAGGCCAAGGACUGCCCUAAGAAGGGAAACCCUACCUGCUACAACUGCAAUGGCCAGGGUCACUUGAGCCGUGAAUGCCAGGAGCCUGCCAAGGAGAAGUCAUGCUACCGUUGCGGCCAGACUGGACAUCUUUCCCGCGAAUGCCCCCAGGGCGGCGACAGCAACUACAGUGGUGGUGGUUCCCAGGAAUGCUACAAGUGCGGACAGGUCGGCCACAUUGCACGUAACUGCUCUCAGGGUGGUAACUAUGGCGGUGGUUACAACGCUGGUGGUAACUACGGUGGUUUCGGUGGUCCCGGUGGUGCCGGUGGUCGCCAGCAGACCUGCUACUCCUGCGGUGGCUUCGGCCACAUGGCCCGUGACUGCACUCAGGGUCAGAAGUGCUACAACUGCGGCGAAGUCGGCCACGUCUCUCGUGACUGCCCCACUGAAGCCAAGGGUGAGCGCAUGUGCUACAAGUGCAAGCAGCCCGGUCACGUUCAAUCCGCUUGCCCUAACUAA